AUGCUGGGAACGCCAUGGGCCUGGCUGCAGAUUAAACUCCAACAUGGUAUACCUAAACCUGCUUUAUGGAGGUGGGGGGCUGUGAGCGCAAUCAUCCCCAAGGUGUUGGCUCUCAAGCACCUCCUCCAACAAGUUUGGAAUCCAACGAAAUUCGCCAACCCGGCAGGGGAGGCAGCAUCAGAGGCACAGCAGAGAGAAGCUGAGGAAGGAGGUGAAGAUCCGGAUUUCCAACAGCAAUUAGUGACAGAGACACUGCGAUCAGAACAGUGGUGGCUGUAUACGACCAUGCUGGGCAAGCUUGCCCAAUUCAGUGAAGACAUGACGCACUGGGCGGAAGGGUGCGCAUGCCAUAGCUGGCUGCAUCGAAAGAACGCUGUGCAAGAAGUAGACGAAGCGGAGGAACCACUCACCGCGCGUGACCAUUUGGUAGCUGCUCGUUGCAGCUUGCGCUUGACAAAUGGGGAAGGGGACGGGAUAAAUUUUCAAUGCCCUCUAGCAGGCCAGCGUGCAGUUGAACUUGCCAGUGGGGAGCUGUGGGUUUUUUUGGAAACUUUGUCUCGCAACUAUAUCCAAGAAAUUUUGAGCAGCAACAGCUGCACAGAUGCUGAUGCUGUCCAAGAAGUCUUGGAUGAUUUUGCCCUUGGCAAAAGUAGCAUGGUUGAGCAGCUUCGCAUAAAGCUCCGAUGUUGGCAAAGUCUGCCUUGGGUGCUUGCGGCCCUCAACAGUGCAGACGCACAGCAUGCACGCGAAGUAGCUGCUGAAGCGAUGAGUCGCUACGAUGCUUCCCCUCAAGAUAGCUGCCUCCAUCACAGGCUGACGCAGAAAUAUCUUCGGCAAGGCUGCGUUGCCCGGACUGAGCUGGAUAAAUUUGUGGCCGGGGCUUCGCUUUCCGAUCUUCCAACUUUGCGCGAUUUUGUGUGGGGCCUCCGCUUCUUGCCAACUGCAGAGAGAAUACAAGAAGGUGAUCAUUCUGUGGUGAAGUCCUUGGUGACGCUUCGUGCUAACAGGAUUUCUGGUCCCUACGUUUCUUGUAAGUUGCGGUUUCCAGAAAUUGUUGAUGUGGUUUGCAAGUCGGAAGAGUGCCGCAAGCUACUGGCGUACUUUGAAAGCAUCCAGGACCCGGACUCCAUUGCUUUGCAGUUUGGGUUUUGGAGACACCCAUUAUGGAUAGAGGCAAGGAAGCAGCGGUAUACCCGCCGGCUCAAGUUGCAGGUGGCAGCUUCGAUUCUGUAUGCCAUGGAUGCGGAGACGCAGUUCACCCAAGUUCGAGCAGCAGCAGAAAAAAGAAAAAAACGCAAAAAAGAGAAGGCGAAGCGAAUUGCGGAAGCUUUGAAAACAUUCUUGCCGCAGGCCCAUUCCAAAUGGACGCAGGACAAUGUAGAGCGGGUGGCUGUCUCGCAUCAUUUGCAGCAGCGGUUAGUCAUGCAACGACUCUACAGUUUCUCACAAGAUGCCUUAAGCUUUUCAUCUCUGUGUGGAAGGCCGGUGUUGUCUGCGAGAACCAAAGCAUAUGCAGCAGUGCAGGAUAAGGACCAGGUAUUUGAGAGCGGGGACGGCGCCACCAGCACCAUGCAGUUGUGCUUGGAUUGCGAGGAACAACCUCUGCAGCUGCAGCUCCAAUCUGAUGGCAUCGGCAUCGGCUGUGUGAUCAAGGGGCAUGUUCUCGAAGAUGAAGAGACCUCUCAGGCUACUUCCAGCGCUGCAGUUGAAAAAAUUGUUUUUCUAAGGGUUGUGUCUACACACCCAAGCAGAAGGAAGACCAUUGCACUGCCACCAGCCGAGGCCGCACACUUGGGGCCUUCCGACAUGUGUGUUUCAAUACAUGCAGCGCAUGUCUUGAAUUUGGAAGCAGAUGACAGCCCUGCCGGCGGAGCCGUCCCAAGGUCUGCUUUGUGUGUGUCGGCCGAACCUGAAAGUGCAAAGGGCAUCGCCAAUCAUGUUCAAAUAUUUUCAUUGUUUGCGGAACAAUGCCAAGAUAUCAUGGCCUUGAAGCAGAGCAUGCGUGCUUGGACGCAACGAUCCACCUUGCUUUUUGGCAUCAAGGGUUGUGUGUUGCCUGCUGCUGCACAUGCGUUUCUGGGCAAGGUGGUGUUGGCCCGCGCAUUUCCAACAUGCCCUGAUGAGGACUGUGUUUGUGUACGGCCUGCGGAUGAAGCUUUUGCAUCUGCCGUGCAGAAACUUGAGCACAUGAGGGUAGUUCUCAAGCGGUGGGAAAAGACCUUGGACUCUUCCACCGGAUGGAGUCUUACGGCUUGGGGUACUGAACAACUAAUUCACAUGCGGGAAGUAACGCAUUCCCAAAAGGUAUUUCGUGACAGCGGCGCUCUGGCUGCCCUUGCCCUGGUGCCCGAAGAAAUUGACGACAUGACUUCUUGGGAGCUGCUCCAAGUUUUGGGUGAGCAAGGGUGGACGCUGAAGAGAAAAGAUAGUAAGAAGAAAAGUACAGAACUCACGCCAGUUGUGCGGGGCUCUCCGCGUGUUUGGUUUGACCAAGACAAGAAAAAAAUCCUGGCAGAGCAAGGCUGUGAAGGUGGCGGAGCGGCGCUUGCAAUAGAAGAUGACAUCAACAGCAACAUAACCUUGACAUUAGAUGUAACUCCCCUUGACAUGGACCCACUUCUUCGCCUUGGCUUUGCACAGGGUGAGGAUGCCCAGAGGCAGGAAUUCGAAGAGUGGGUUGAUGGGCCAUCUAGAUGCCAGCUCAGCGUGUCUUACGAGCCAUCUCUGGCUUCUGAGCGGGUCAUGCUUGAGGCAGGAAAUGUUGAGGGAAUAGUAUCUGAAAGUGAUGGUGAUGCGAUAGCGGACAACGCAGCGGACGCAGCGCUGGAUUCAGCCGCUUGUGUAGUAGAUGGCGGGGAAGCUUUGGACGCACCUGCUGAUGCAGCCCCCUUGCCCUUGCCUCGAGCUCCACGGGUCAUUGAAACUCAUCCGGACUCCUUCGACUGGGGGCCCGGAGGCCUGUUUCGUGUGACUUGGACACCAGCGGAGAAACGCCCGCCCCAUGGUCAAUGGCAGAUACGGUGCCCGUUUCAUAGGCUAAACCAUUCCACAGUCUGCACGAAAGCGAAACAGGCGGGCCCUACCGCUGAAUCGAGGAAUCUGGUGCUCAGAAUGCUUCAAACCUGGGCACUUCGAGCGCCACUUCACACACGGAAGCGGUACCACGCCAGUGACAUGGUUGCAGCGGGGGAUGUCUUGCCCGCCGAAAUGCUUGAGAGUAAGGUAGCGGCGCUGCCUGCGCCGCCGCAUCUUCCCCCCACUGACGUUGAGUUGGACGCCGCGGAAAAGGCGGCGGAGGAUCUUGCCCGCCCAGCUACAAGUAAGGCGGUGAAGGCAACGGCAAAGGCAGCCGCUCUGCGGCCAGAGAGGCCCGCCAAAAAAGCCAAGGCCAAAGGGAAGCCCAAGCCCAAGGAGAAGGAAACCGCACCGACCGGCAAUGGUGAUGACUGUGCUGCCAACGCGGGGGAGGAGUCCGCAGAUUCAGACUCGGAUGAUGCCAUCUUCCCGCCCCGUCGCGCCAUGUGGCUUUGGGCCCCUUUGACGGCAUGGGCUGCAUGGAGCUACUACGGGCAUGACUGGCAAAAUUCCCAAUGGGAUGAUGGUCGGACAUGGGAUCGCAAGGAAAGCCAGGGCACUUGGCCUGAUUGGAAGCCGGACGACUGGAGCCAGAAGAAUUGGAAUGGAGAUGAUGGAAGCGGAGAACGCUGGCGAGAUGACGCAGAUGCUGGAAGCGGAGGCCACUGGAACCGCUGGGAAGAAGAUGAUGGAAGCGGAGAACGCUGGCGAGAUGACGCAGAUGCUGGAAGCGGAGGCCACUGGAACCGCUGGGAAGAAGAUGAUGGGAGUGGAGGACGCUGGCAAGGUGGCAAUGGUGGAAGCGGAGGCCACUGGAACCGCUGGGAAGAAGGUGAUGGAAGUGGGGGUGGCUGGAACCGCCGGGGCUGGCAAAAUUCAGGCGCAGAUGAUGGAAGCGGAGGUGACUGGAGUCGAAGCCGCUGGGAUGACUGGGGUGGAGAUGAUGGUGGAAGCGGAGGUGAUUGGAACCGCACAGAUUGGCAAGAGGGGUCUCACUGGGAAAAUGCGGAUGGACAGCCGCCACAAGAGGAGGAGCGGCAGGAUGAUACAUGGACCCGCAGGGAAGAUGAUGGCAAUGGCAGCGGCAGCGGCACAUGGAACCGCCGGGGGCGAAGCUCCAGCCCUUGUCGCAGAGAAGCGGAGUACUCCGCAAACAGACGCGCUGUCUCAGAGCAGCCCCGCAGCGGUACUUCCGCUAGUGCAACUGACUGGCCCAAGGGUUGGGUCUGGAAGACGCGCUCCAAUUUCAAUGGGUGGAAGAAUGUGGAAGGGCCAAGGUGGGCUCGCCGCUCUGCAGCGGCAAAGGAGAAGCGGAAGAACAAAUACCGCGAAAAGGACUGGAGAGCCUCGGACGAUGGCAGAGCGGGAAGCAGCUACAGAGGCAGAGACCGCAGCAGGGAAAGGGAGCGGCGCAGCGACAGGGACAGGGACUGGAACCGGAGCUCCUCCACCUCCUCGCAAAUGCAGAAGCGUGAGACGGAGCGCAGCCGCAGCCUGAGCCGCACCACGCCGAGCACAGAGUACCCAGACCUGGACGAAGCCAACCAGAUCGCACGAGAUCGCAAGCUAGCAGAGAAGGAACGCGAUCGCCAGCGGUCAGCCUCAACUGCACGCACGCGGCCACGACUACCGCCUGUCCUAGAAGAAUCAGAACCCGUUCCGGACAAGGCUGCGGCGACAAAAAGAAGAACCAGAGACAAAAGAGCCCGCAGCCAUUCCGACGGAAAAAAAGGUUUCAGGCGUCAAGGCCAACACCCCGGAGAAAGCUGGGAUGGAGUCUGA